GUCGACAAACCAUGAGGCAAAGGGUUUAACCGGUGUCCAAUUAUUCUGUGUGGCGCCAUGCGGGACAAUGCCCAGUCGGUCGGCCGCUCGGACGACGAAGACGACGCCGCCCACGACCGUCAUGACGUCACCAUCGAAGCCGCACCCAAGACGACGUGGUGGGCGCUCAAGGACGACCUCAUCUUGCUCGCACAGGCCAACACCGAUCAGCCCUUCUUGGCCGAGAGGGGCCUCAUGGCCGCCUGGGAUGCCACCGCGGCCAGCAUCAACCAGGUUCCUGGAUUUGGGCGGCCCGACGUCAACGGCAAGAAGGCGUCCAGCCGCUUCUCCAAGCUGCUCGAAGCCCAUCGUCUCUACAUGAAGCAGGCGAAAUACAAGUCUGGCAGCGCCGAGAACGACACGCCCAAGAUCCGGCUUCUGGACGAGAUUGUCGCGCGCAUCGAUGACCACAACAAGGCCAAGGCCAAGGAAAGUAUAAGCAAAAAGACAGCAAGAAGCGAGCCAGACGAACCCGUGCGUCCCGUUCGAGAGCCAGCCCGCGGCGCCAAGCGACCUCGGACAAGCAUCGCAGCAUCUGACGAUGACGACCCAGCACCGAGCCACAAUACGACGGAUGCUCAGUUCCAAUUGCGCGUCAUGGAGAUCGAGCUCGAGCGCGAGCGCAUCGAGUUGGAGAAGGCGAAGCUCAAGAUGCAAGCCGACCAACAAGACAAGGAUCGUGUGGAACGAACGGCCAUUCGGCAGAUGGAUGCGGCGCGCAAUUCGGAAAUGAUGGCCAUGAUGAAAACGCUUCUUGAGCGAAUGCAAGCAAGCCAGUGAGAUCUAUUUCCUCAAUAUAAAAUCGACUAGGUAACAUGCAUUGUCUGUGUCCCCU